GGCCUCCGCCACCAUCGACUCCGGCGGGCGGCACCUAACCGCCGCUCCAGGGACCUCGCCUGGCCGCUUAGCCUCCGCCCCGUGCGCGAUAUGGCGCCGGCCGCCGUAUAGGGCGGGCGUGCUGCCUCCGUCGUCUUCUCCGCAGAGCCUGCGUACUCGACAGCAGCUCUGUCCCGACUGCGCGCGCCCUUAUCCCCGACGCCGCCUGACUUCCGGGUUCCAGCGCCCUCGGCCGCUCCUGCCAUCUCCCUGAUCCGCGGCACUCGGCCACCUCUCCCCGAGAUUUCGCAGUUGCAGCCUGGAGUGUCCUGGGUUCAGGAUCAACCUUGCUCCCCCUUGGCACUCAACCGAGUUGCUGUUCUGCUUAACGCCGACACACAUCUCCGCCGCUUCCCUUAAUUCCACGGGAGCACGCCGGAGUGCCUUCUUCCCAAACGCAGCCGCAUUUCUCACCGUUGCACUGGAACCUGCUGCGCUGUGCGUUCGCCUUCCAGGGACAACAUUUGACCGGACUCGACAAUGGAGCACCAUGUCGGACAGGAGAAAAGCGACCCUGCUCGAGGAACUGCCUGAGGAAAUCAUUGACAAGAUACUCAAGGGAUUGCCGCCAAAAGACGUCGGCCGCUGCCGCGCUGUUAGUAUGUUGUGGCGCAGUAUCACCUCCAUACCUGAAUUUAUGCUCGAACACCACCGGCGCCAGCCAUCGCUCCCCAUCAUCGACGGGCUUGGGCGGCCUGCCAGUUUCGUCCUCUUCCGAGGCGCUGGCGCCAACGCCUCCAAUCAACAGCUCUGGCCCUUCAUCCCGGGUCUCAAACACCACCGUUUAAAGCCUUCGCUCUCAGUCACCUGUGAUGGCUUCCUCAUCCUCAUACAACAAAAGAAAUUCUACAUCUACAACCCGGUCUUGCGCAAGCGUGCUCUCCUACCGUACCCUCAAGCUGGGGAAAACGAGUGCAGCAACAUAACCGGUUUCUACCGGCACCAGCUAACUGGAGAAUACAGGUUGCUCUGGACCACAUUCCGUCCUCUCUCAGUGGUUAAAUACAGCUUAUACAUUCUCACAGUGGGAUCAGAUAUGCCGAGGCAAGUCAGAGUAAGAAUGCCAACAGUCUUGUCACCUUCCGCAGAACAUAAGAUACUGGGGGCACUGUCCUAUUCGAACUAUUGUCCACCACCAGUCCACCAUGGUGGCAGCCUGCACUGGUGUCCUUUUCCCUUUUGUGGUGUUGCCGACAUUACUGGAGGCAGCGGAGACAUUGUUGUGUUCGACACAGAAGCAGAGUCAUUCCAAUGGAUGCGCACUCCUGACCAGGUGUACCCUAAUAGGAAGUUGUUCGACAUGAAUGGGACGCUUGGUUUCUGUGGCAGCUCAAUCAAGGCAGGAGGUUUGAGUUUCACCGCUUUGGAUAUUUGGGUGAUGCAGGAUUACAAGGCCGAAAUCUGGGAUUUCAAGUACCGGAUUGAUCUGCCAACGGUUGAGGCAUCACGGCAACUUUAUUUGACUUCUCCCAAAGGGAAAAAGAAAACACCACUUCACUCAGCAGUGCAAUGGUUCAAUGAUAUGGCUGUGCUUAACGAGCGUGAGCCGCUGAUCAUGUUUAAUGGUAAACAUGUGUUGCGCUGCGACACUGAUGGCAAGGUCUUAGGUUUGGUGAACAUUGGAAAGAGUCAAUACGGUAUGUCGCUUACUCCCCACCGCUUCCAAGAGAGCAUUAUUCCAAUUCCAUCCUUCCCAUGAGAUGCAAGAAGAUGAGGAACCUCCAUUCUCCACAGGGCGUCUCUGAAUGUUCAAGACUCCUUCCUGGUUUGUUUUGCCAAUGGGCUCAGACCUUGUUUUUCUUUUCAGUUAUUAUUGCUAAGAAGCAACAAUGGCACUGUUAUGAUGAGAUGUUCGGUGUUUGUCAAAAGAAAAAAUGAUGAGAUCUUCGGUCU